AUGACUCAAGGUCAAAGUAACCGUGUCGUUUCGAUGUUCCCACGGAGUAACACGGGACAGUCCGGUACACCUAAGCGACCUUUGCCAAGCGGAGAGUCCUCCGAACAAGGCACGAAAAGAUACCAGAGGCUCCAGAAAGGCCCUCAGGCUAUCACAACAAAAGUUUCAUCGCCACUUCCAAGAGAGGCUAGAAACCCAUGGGAGAGAUAUCAGAAGGUGUUCAAGAUAGACCAGGCAGGCCCUAGCUAUAUCGCCCAUGCCAAGAAUAAUACUUUUGCAGAGAUGAUUGUAAAGGAAGUGAAAGCCCCAAGCAAAAAUUGGCUGACAAAGCUCACUUCGACUUCCAACCAAAAUGUUGUUCACCUGCAAGAGGCCAUGUUCGAUAAUGACUGCAUAUAUCUCUUCUACGAAGUCAUGGACGUGUCUCUGUCCCAGGCCUUUGCGACGCCGCUCGGUCGAUUGAAAGCGUAUGAAGUAGCUGCAUUUAGCCAGGAGCUGUUGCAUGGACUCGAUUACAUACACAAGAAUCUCAAGCUUGUGCAUGGAGACAUUACCGCAAACUGUGUUCUCCUGUCAGUAGAAGGGGCUGUCAAGAUAGCAAAUAUCGGUACAAGUAUGCUCCAGGCUUUAAGUUCGAAGACAGCACAGGCCGAUAUUCGCUCUGUUGGAAGAAUUAUUAUUGAAUGCCUUGAGCCGAGUACAUUUUUGGAAAAUGGUGACUCUUUAAUUUCUGACAGCUGGGAUCCAGUCCUGGUCAAAUUUUUGGAGUCUACGAAAUCAGACUCUAUUCAAGAGCUUCUACGGCACGACUUCCUUCAACUCUCUCCGGGACCUUUCUGUCUUAAACCAUAUAUUCGGUUAGCGAGGGAAUUGGCAUCGAAAGAUGUAGAGCUAAUUGAGGAUGAUUAA